AUGAUUCUCUAUGCUCUUCUCAAAGUUUUAUACAACAUUUGGUGGAAGCCAAUUCACUUAGAAAAACUCUUAAGGCAUCAAGGGAUCAAAGGAACCUCUUACAAGCUCUUACGUGGUGACCUAGACGAGAUCAAGCGGUCCACAAUCGAAGCACAAUCCAAACCUAUGUCUCUAAACAACCACGAGAUCAUGCCACGUGUCUUCCCAUUCUUCCAUGACUUGAUGCAAAAAUAUGGAAGAGUGUGCAUGACAUGGAUUGGAACAAAGCCAAGGGUGAUUAUAGGAGAGCCAGAGCUAAUUAGAAUGAUAUUAGCAGACAAAAAUAAUGAUUUUGUUAAGCCAAAACUCGCAAACCCUCUCGCCGGUUUUCUUCUAGUCGGCGUGGCCUCCUUGGAAGGAGACCGGUGGGCCAAACGGCGGCAGAAAAUCACUCAUGCUUUUCACCUCGACAAGUUAAAGGCUAUGGUACCAACGUUUUCGAUGAGUUGUUCAAGGUUGAUCGAGCAAUGGAUGAGGUUAAGUAGCAAUUGUGGUGAAGAAGGGUGUGAAAUAGAUGUUGCACCUGAAUUUCAGAGGUUUGCAGCUGAUGUUAUUGCUCGAACAGCUUUUGGAAGUAGCUAUGAAGAGGGAAAGAAAUUAUUUGAACUACAAAAGCAACAGAUUCCCCUAGUUUUUGAAGCUUAUUACAACAUUUAUAUCCCAGGUUUCAGAUUUAUACCAACAAAGAAAAAUAGAAAAAGAUAUAAAUUGGAGAAUGAAAUCACAGCCAUACUAAGAGACAUGAUCCGAAAAAGAGAGGAAGAUCAUCUGAGCCAAACCAACAGAGGCAGUAAUUUGCUGGAUUUACUACUGUUAAAUCACUCCAAAGAAGAAUUAUCUGAAAAUGGUUUGACCAUUGAGGAAAUAAUAGAUGAGUGCAAGUUGUUCUACUUUGCUGGUCAAGAAACCACUGCUAAUUUGCUGACGUGGACAAUUAUCAUGUUGGCUAUGCAUCCUAUUUGGCAACAAAGAGCUAGAGAAGAGGUUCUACACAUGUGUGGAAAUGAAUCUAAUCCUCACUUUGAUGCCAUUAAUCGAUUUAAGAUUAUACCAAUGAUUUUGAAUGAAGUUUUGAGGCUAUACCCUUCAUUGUGCAAUACAUAUCGUCAUAGCGAAAGAGAAACCACCAUUGGAGGAAUCACCAUUCCUGGUGGAGUGGAGAUAUUCUUGUUGAUGUUGUCUCUUCAUCACGAUUCAAAAUACUGGGGCGACGACGUUGCAGAGUUCAAACCAGAAAGGUUUGCCAAGGGAGUAGCAAAAUCUUCGAAAGACGAUCAAGAUGAAAUCGCCUUUUACCCAUUUGGUUGGGGACCAAGAAUAUGUUUAGGGCAAAACUUUGCAAUGAUCGAAGCUAAGAUAGGGUUGGCUAUGAUUCUCCAACACUUCUCUUUCGAGUUAUCUCCUUCUUACACUCAUGCACCUUACUCUGUCAUUAGUCUUAAGCCCCAACAUGGAGCUCCAAUUAUAUUUCAUCGAUUAAGUUGA